UCGAUAGGCACCGCAGUUGGCUGGCUCACUAUCCCGGUUUCGGCAAACCGUUGUUGUGAAGAGAGGGAAACGGAAAAGAGAAAGUAGACUACAGCAUUUUUAGAAGAUAUUUUUCCUUUAUCUAUCGUACAUCUUCGUUGUCUCUUUUGAGCAGGCACCAUGGCGUGUGGAGCUACGUUAAAGCGCUCGAUGGAGUUUGAGGCCCUACUCAGUCCUCAGUCUCCUAAGCGAAGAAGGUGCAAUGCACUACCGGGGGCUCCAAGCACUCCGUCCCCUCAAAGGUGCAACCUCCGUCCGCCAGUUGACUGCCCAUCAUCACACUCGAUGUCUCCCCCGGCUAUGGGAGGAGAGCACAGGCUAACUCCAGAGCAGAUCUUCCAGAACAUCCGUCAGGAGUACAGCCGCUACCAGCGGCGACGGCAGCUGGAGGGGGCCUUCAACCAGAGUGAGGUUGCCUGUAGCUCCACCGAUGCCCCCAGUUCCUCCCUCACCGGCCCCAGCUCCCCACCAGGUGCCUCGAGGAAGGACCAGCCGUCGUUCACACUGAGGCAGGUGAGCUACCUGUGCGAGCGCUUGCUCAAAGACCACGAGGAGAAGAUCCGGGAGGAGUAUGAACAGAUCCUCAACACAAAACUUGCAGAACAAUAUGAAUCUUUUGUGAAAUUCACACAAGACCAGAUCAUGCGAAGAUACGGCGCCAGGCCUGCUAGUUAUGUCUCUUGAAUUCCCCCAUCGAUGAGGUACCAGCUUUUCUCACAAGAUGGCUGCUCUUCUACUGCCCCUUCCUCCACUAGAUUUGUGAUUUUUAUUUCCCCUUUUUUUCAUGCUAUUUGGGUACCAUGGUUUAUCAACAUUUUUAAUCCAAAACUGAUUUCUAUAAAAUGCUAAUGAAUCGGAAUAAAAUGUAAAGAUUCAA